UUAUAAUGUCUUCUGUCAUUUAUAUUCAUGGAAUCGUAUAAUUUAAUGAGAUUAAAAUGUUUGACAGUGCUAUGAAAAUAAAAUGCUAGCUAACAGUACUAAGAAGAAAGCCCUGAUACUAACGCUAAUAUUACUACACGCAAGGUGUUCACGAGUGAUCGAUAAACAUCAAGAAGCCAUUUACAUGUCUGAUUAUUGCCCUAAAAUUGGAGAGUGCGUUGAAGGAUCUCAUGUCAUGUGCACGCAUUACAAUCCAAAAAGCGAAAUGGGACCUCUCUGUGUUGGCACAGAAAAGGUUUCUAUAACUGACGAAUAUGCUGAGAUAUUACUUGACUUAAUGAAUAGCAUUAGAAGCAAAGCAGCCAAUGGACUGGUCAUUGGAUAUGAAAGACAAAAACUUCCAAGGGGAUACGGGAUUUUUAGACUGCAAUGGGACCCAGAAUUAGCUACAUUUGCGCAGCUUUGGGCAAAUCAAUGUAUUAUAGACAAUGAUAUCUGCCGAGCUACAAAAAAAUUUGCGGAUCCAGGACAAUUGCUCGUUCUUACAAUGUUUAGUGAACCUGACUGGUUGUUGAUAGGCAAAAGAACCUACUUCAACGAGACUGGCUUCAAUAUGAAGAAACUGAGAUACUGUCUGUUUGGUUCAAUAAGAUCUUGGUAUACAACUAAGAAGCAGAUCGAUGCUGAUAUUAUAUUAGGACGAAAAUGGAGUACAAAUUUACUCAAGAACCCAUAUCUACAACUCGUUCAGGGCUCGGCAACUCAUGUCGGAUGUGGAAUUUCCGUAUUCAAAUCUUUUUUUUACUCCUCAGAAGACAAUGAUUUGUUAUUCAAUUUGGUUCGCCUCGUUUGCAACUUCUCGACCCGUAUUCGUGAAGGUCAGAUUUAUAGCACAGACCCACCCACAGAGGUCGGGUACACAGUAAAGUGCGGCUGUCCUCUGGGUUACGAUGAAGACGCUGACUGCUUGUGCUACGAGAGUGGAAGAGGAUUACCCUUUUCGUGCAAAUAUGGUCAAUGCAAGCCUCAUGUAGUUGUCCUGCCAAUCAUAACCGUAGAGGACGCUCCGCCCCAUACACUUCUUGAUCAUUCAAGUCGACAAGAAUCAAAUACGGAAUUGACGAAGCGAAAUAAAUUUGAUCGUAAUAACGGCACAUAUUCGAAAAGGCACGUCAGGCCAAGUUUGUUUUCAAAAUCAUCCAUAUUUAAAUUACCAACGAGAAAAUUUAUUAAAAGUCCAGAAUUCAUGGACAAAGAAGAUAUUUUACCUUUUAAAAAUUUAACCAAUGUGAUUCAAGAUAGAAGGUUCUAUAAUCAACAAAAUUACAACACUGGUAAUAAAAGAACCAAUUUUUACAGACAAAGAUUCAGAGAAUCUUUACAAAAUUAUAAAGAUAAAAAUAUUCAUGAUGCAGAGAAUUUUAAUUGGCUUACUCGAAGAAAUAACACUUAUUCUUCUAUAAUAAAUUUGCCUGUUAAAUAUUUAGACGGAAAAUCAAAUAAAAAACGGGAUGAUAAAGUAAUGGAUCUCUUAAACAAGUUAGAGCAAGAAGCUAAGCAUAUACAAAUAGAUGAAACGAAGAAAGAUAUUUUCAAUCAGAAACUUCAAAAUAUAUACAAAACAUUUCAAGAAAAAAUAAAGUUUUCACAAAACAAAAUGGUAAAUCGAAAUAUAAACAUACAUGAUCAUGAAACAGAUAACUUAAAUGAAUAUGAAGACCAGAUCAAAAGUAUCAAAGGAAACGAUAAUAUUAUUGAACCAACGAUAAUUGACAAUGACAUGAACUAUAACCUUGGAAGCGAAGAUAUAAUAUCAAGAUCGAACAAAGUGAAUGAUAAUAAUUCGAUAGGUAUAAGAAAUACAUUUAACAUAAAAGAGAUAACAAGAAAUAAUGAUCUAGAUAAUAUAAUGGAAAGUUACUCAAUAGACGAAGUUUUAUUAAAUUUGGAUAGAAGAAAAUACUAUCAAAACAAAUUAAAUAAUUUAGAAAGAAAAAUUCAUAAUUUACGAAAUCUUAACAAUCGAAGAGUUUAUCCUUAUAAUAAUUAUUAUAAUUAAUUGGAUAUGACAAUUGUCUUAAAAAAUGUAUAUGAGAAUCUAAUAAGCUUUAUUAUUUGUAACCCAAAUAUUUUGUAUUUGUAACUCAUAAGCCUUCCUAUGUUACGUUUCAACUACGUUUCCUUUCAAUUAUCAAUUUUUCUUUAAAACAAUGUGUUCGUUUUUUAAAUAAUGAUUUUCUCUUGUUUAUAAUUUCUUUUUAUAUAUUCUUAAAUCGCUUUACUUUAUUCAUAAAUAAAACAUUUAAAAUGUUAUUCAGAAAUCAUAAUCAAAUUCAUAAGUAUUGUAUUUGAGUUUUUUUCUUUUAUAUAAUAAUUUUAUAUCCAAUAUAUUUAGUGUAUAAUAUAUAUAACUCAGUAAGUUUUACCAAGAAACUGUUUUGUUCUGGAAUAAAGGGUGAGUCAGCCAGUGUAACUACACUCACAAGAGAUAUUACAUCUUAGUUCCCAAGGUUGGUGGCGCAUUGACGAUGUAAGGAAUAGAUAAUUACAGCGCCAAUGUACAGCCCACCUAUUUAAAAUAAUAAUAAUAAUAUAAUAACAAAGUUGCUCUCUGUGCCAUAUGCUCUUACCGCUCAUCAUAAGCACAUUAUUUGAUUUAUAAUGUUAUGUUAUGUCAAUUCAAUUUAUUUACAUACAACUCAUUGUGCGUAACAAAUUACUUUAUUAAUAAGUCUUGUACUAUUACC